CUUAAAAGUAGCUGGCCUUGGAGUUGCGACUCACCCGGGAGUUGAGUUCGAGGGUUGAUGAUCAAUUGUUUGAUGGUGGCGGCGCGUCUGGUCGGUGCAGACGGGACGGAUUUGUAAACUGGCCGGAGGAAAGAGAUGUCCGGACAUCCGUCCCAAGUCGAUUGCGUGACCCCGUCGAGUUGGGUUCAAGGAUCCGUGAUCCCGAAGCGUCGGUCAACUGAGAUUGACGUUCUUAAAAGCGCGUUCGUUCCCUCGCAAGAAAGUCCAGGACUCGGUCUUGCAAAGCACAAUCUGGGACUCAUAUACACACAUACACCCUCAUCACGUAUUGACAAAAUGCACAUUCUCCUUCUCGGCGCCACCGGCCGCACAGGCAAGCAUGUCGUCUCCCAAUUACUAUCCCAGGGCCACACCAUCGUGGCCCUCGUCCGCGCCGAAAGCAAACUCGUCCCGCAACCGGGACUCACCAUCGUCACCGGCACGCCGCUCUCCAAGCCAAACAUCCGGAGGGCCGUCCACGCGACCCCCGGGCUCGUCCCCUCCGCCGCCAUCAUCACGCUCAACACGGUCCGCGCAUCCGACAGCCCGUUCGCCGCUCAGCUCUCGCCGCCCAGGUUCCUCGCCGACUCCACCGCCAACGCCUGCGCCGUCCUGCGGGAGGCCGGCGUCGCGCGCGUCGUCGUCAUGUCCACAGUGGGCGCGGGCGACUCGUGGGCCAAGCUGCCGUGGCUGAACAAGGCGUUCCUGGGGUGGACCAACAUCCGAUACGCGCUCGAGGAUCAUAACCUCGUCGAUCGAGAGAUUCGAUCCACCGAAUUGGACUGGACGCUUGUUCGGGCGUCUAGGCUGGAGUUUGACGACGCGAAGCAGAAGACGGCCCCUGUGCAGACGCUGGAUGCGACGGGUGCGGGGAUGCGCAUGGCUGAUAGCGUGAGCGUUGCCAGCGCGGCCACUUUUCUCAUCAAGGUCGCUGUGGAAGGGCUCUUUGUGAAGCAGGCGGUGGUUAUACGGGAUUGACGCCGUCACGGAUGUUGCGAACCAGU